AUGACGAGUAAAGCUGGCGAUUACAGCGCCGUGAGAAGAGAUAUCAUUGCUGCCAUUCCAACGGAACGAUACGAUAAAGGCACAUUUGGGCCAUCCAUGAUUCGUUUGACAUGGCAUUCGUGUGCUACUUAUGAUCGACAUCAAAACAAUGGAGGAAGUCAGGGUGGUACAAUGCGCUUUGAGGAGCAAUACUCGGAUCCUGCUAAUAAGGGCCUGGAAAAUGCCAGAAACGCAUUGGAGCCUGUUCAUGAAAAGCACCCCUGGAUCACAUACGCAGAUCUAUAUACUCUUGGUGGUUGCGUUGCAGUGGAGCAAAUGGGCGGUCCUCACAUUCCUUGGGAAGGCGGCCGAUACGACACCAACGACAAGGACAGCAUACCAUCUCGUAACCGUCUACCUGAUGGCUCGCUAGGCAAGAAUCACGUCAUUGAUGUCUUUCUUGAUCGCUUGGGCAUGUCGGUGCAAGACACAGUGGCAUUGAUGGGCGCCCAUGCAGUAGGUGAAUGCCACAAGAGCCAUCAAGGCUUCGACGGGCCAUGGACACCAAACCAAACUGAAUUUACCAACAAUUUCUACAAGAUGCUGCUAGAGCGCACAUGGAAGGAAAAAAAGUGGGAUGGCCCUAGACAAUUUGAAGAUGAAGAGACGCAUGAAUUGAUGAUGUUGCCUACAGACAUGGUCAUGCUGCAAGAACCUUUCCUGCAAUACACGAAACUGUACGCUGAGGCUCAAGAUCGGUUCUUUGAAGACUUCAAGAAUGCAAUGCUCAAGUUGAUAUCCUUGGGAAAAGAUCGCAAAGACGGUGAACCCAACAAGCUACUGGCACAAUAUUGCAAGAAAUAA